GUCAGUUAGAAAAGAGUGCGGCAGUUAUAACGUCCUCUCCCAUUAUUAUGAAUCGCCCUAACCAUCUAAAACCCAUUCCUCUUCCAAAAAUAACUAACAUGUUUUAAAACUCCCAUGCCCCAAACUAAAUCAUCCAAAAGAAAAGCGCUGUUCAAGGUUGCGAUGAUGAUCCAAGACAACACCAAAUUUGACGAAGAAGCAGAUCGAAUCAAGGGGUCAUGGACUCCUCAAGAGGAUGCAACGCUUCUGAAGCUGGUGGCGCAGCACGGAGCACGGAACUGGUCCGUCAUAAGCAACGGGAUACCGGGCCGAUCGGGAAAGUCAUGCCGACUGCGGUGGUGCAACCAGCUCAGCCCCGACGUUCAGCACCGACCGUUCACCCCUGCGGAGGACGAAAUCAUCCUUAAGGCUCACGCCGUACACGGCAACAAGUGGGCCACCAUCUCCAGACUCCUUCCUGGCCGCACCGACAACGCUAUCAAGAACCACUGGAACUCCACCCUCCGCCGCCGUAAAGGUGUAACCGUCGCCUUUUCCGGCGCCGGAUUCCCCUCCGCGGCAGCCACCGACGCCUCCACCAGCGGAGGAUUAUCCGGAUUCUCUUCUGCCGCCACGUCGUCGUCAUCAGAUUUCAGUCCAACAUUUGUUUGCCAAAAGCGCAAGGGCGAGCAGUUAGAGUUGCCACAGAAUUUCAUGAAGAAGCCAUGUUUGGCGGCAGUUGCCGUCGACAGUCACGCGGAGGAGGAGGUUCGCCAAAAGCGGAAGGCCGAAGAAGAAGAAGAAGGCGGCGUGACGACACUGAGUUUGCUCCCGCCCGGAGAGAAGCCUUUGGGCGCAGAGGGAGUGUGGCGGAAGGAGGAGGAAGUCAAUCCGUACGGCGAGCAUGCAUGGUUGAUGAAGAUGAUGCGGCCCAUGAUAGCAGAAGAGGUUAGGAGAUACAUUCAAAGCUUACAAAAGGCUCAACCACUCUUUGACCCUGAUCCACCUAGUAAAAAUUUUUAAUUAAUAGACAAACAUAUUAAUAAUGUAUAUCUUUUCUUCUUUUCCUUCUUUUCAUGUAUACAUUUGUAUUUUACUUUCUUGCUCAUUCCUUUCAAUAACCGUUGCCUAGAUGCCUAGUUUUUUAUUUGUUUAGUUAGGAUGAUGA